GCCUUAUAUGGUUACAUGCGCGCGAGAACCUGUCGAAUUUAUCCAUAUAUAUAAAUUUGUGUGUGUGUGCGUAUAUAUAUAUAUAUAUAUAUAUAUUCUAAUAUGUAUAAACAUACAUGUGUGCUGUUUUAUGAUGUGGUGUUUUUUUUUGGGUGACCUUUUGUUAUUAUUGGCUGGAAAUUCAUUGGUAACACAACACGGUACCUUUAUAUAUAAUAUAUAUGUUAUACGUAUAUUUAAAGGAAGAAACUAGGGACACACUCAGGAUCAUCAUCAUCAUCUUUCAGUUUUCAUAUUGAAUAUCAUCACAAAUGGACCCAUUUGUGAAAUACCUUUGUACAACGUUAAAAAGAAAAAGCAAGGCUGGGUUGAAUGACAAAAAAGAAGAUUCUAAUCUUCCAC